AAGAAUGAGAUCAUCAAAGUGCGUCUGCGUGAGGUUUGUUCCAUUGUUGUGGCUGGAAAGUGCAACUCAUUACUGUAGUGCUUUUGUAAGAUACAUUAUUAGUUCGAUACGCGCAAAAAGAAGGCAACGCUUGUACGGAUAUGGAAACUUAUGCGGAAUGUCCAAACAGCUCAGAAGAAAAGGGUACUCUUUCUGCAGCGAAAAAAAGGGCAGAAGUCCGGAGAAGAAAAUUGCUGAUGAAUUCUGAAGACAGAAUGACGAGGAUCAUGGGAUUUAGUGGCAGUAAAAAGAAUGAUGCUGAUAACGCAGAGGGUGACAGAACUAUGAUGGAGCCCAGAGUUCAACUGGAUCAAGAGAGACCCGAGGCCUGGCCUUCCUCCGUAGCCUCCAACAGGCUGUCCCCUCUUGGUCUGGACAGGGGCGCACCGGGCAGCUGUAGCGAGGACAGAGGGGCGACUGAGGUUAACUUGAGGUCACGGGGAGAACUGCCUUCAGAGGGGACUCGGGGACUGCAGCAGUACCUGUCCCAUUUUGACGAGGCCACGAAACUACGUGAGCAGCUGGCUGGUGAGAAGCCGGCUCAGGAGAACAACUCUGACCCAGACCCAGAGCCGCUUGAUGUCUUUCGUCUUGUCCGGCUCAUUGGAAGCAUCGUUCUUGCCAUCAUCGUCCGUGUGUUUGUCUGCAACUGUCUGUCCAUAUUCGCUCCAUUUCUAACCCUCCAGCUGGUGUACAUGGGCACUUACAAAUAUUUCCCAAAGAGCGAGAGGAAGAUGAAGACCACAAUGCUGACUGCUGCCCUGCUGCUGUCAAGAAUCCCAGCCGAACUCAUCAACCGCUCCAUGGACACUUACAGCAAAAUGGGCGACGUCUUCACUGACCUUUGUGUUUACUUCUUCACCUUCAUCGUGUGCCACGAGAUGAUCCUCCUGUUUGGUUUAGAAGGCACCUAAAGGUCGGAGCUCACUGGUGUAAGGCAUCAUCAACCACUGGAUGAUGCAGUCAGCCACACCCUUUUUUUUUUACCCAUUCCAAAGAGAGCCUCCUGAACCACACACGUUACAGCAGUGGUAUUCACACUUGCCCUCGUCUGAAUUAGCUGCUAAUGUAAAGACGUAACCCCAAACCACCCUGCAUCUCUUCAAGGGCUGGAGGGAAUGGCACUACUAACUUGGUCCUGGACAGCCACAGGGUGUUACUUCUAGUGUUACUUGGCAUUAAUAAUAUACGUUUUUUUACACAGUUACCUCACCUCAGCUGGUUUUUUGGGCCUAAACUGGAUUCCGAUUUUAAUGUGAAAAUAAAAACCGGGAGAUCUUGUGGCUCUUCAGGAAGAGGGCUGGUGACCAUCUGAGAAUCACAUUAUCAUACAAAUAAACUUAUCAGAACUUCGGAUGAACUAAAGAAUGUAACAUGGCUCUGUCGCUUAUAUAUUGAUUAAUAACUCAACACGGAGUCCCUUUAAUUGCAGUAUAAAGUAUGUCUUUUGUGUGGUAAACUUAUUUUACGUUGUUAAAGACUUUACUUUGUUAACGACUUAAAUCUUUAAACCUGAAUGCUGAAUGUGUGUAAAUAUUGUCUCAUUUGUUGGUUAGGUUUUCGGAGCUGGAUUACUUAAUGGAUAAGCUUCCUUUGAUUACAGUAAUUUAAUGUGUAGCAUGUGUACAGAGGAGGGGGUUACUGUGUUCUGUCAGUGUUAUUUCUGGGUGAUUUGUGAGUGUUUUCUUUGUGUGGCUUGUGGGAGCUGUUGAAGGGGUUAAUGGUAACCCAACAUUAUACUCCCAAUUUAUACUGCAUGUCAAUUCUAACUUUCAAUAUUACAUUGUUAAAAAUAAUAAUAAUGAAUUUAGUACAAGUCAUUUUAUUUAUAAAUUAAUUUCAUUUUUAUUGUAUCAUUUUCUUAAUAAAUACAAUUGCAAUGUUGUA